AUGAAGAAGGCUAUCGAAGAUACAUGGCCCGAGAGUAGACACAGGCUAUGCAUGUGGCAUAUCAUGGACAAGCUUUCUGCUAAGGUUGGUGCAUCAAUCUGCAAUAAUACAGAUUUCAAAAAGAGGCUGUGUGCCAUUGUGUGGACCGAUUCAAUUAUACCAGUUAAGUUUGAAAGUGAGUGGGCUACCAUAAUGAACGAUUUUAACUUGGUUGAUCAUGAGUGGCUGCAGUCACUUUACCAAAUCAGGGAUACUUGGAUACCAGCUUAUUAUCGUGAGGAGGUCAUGUCCGGGCUUAUGCGUACCUCUUCUCGUUCCGAGAGCGAGAACCAUUUCUUUGGACAGAAGAAUGACCAUGACACCAGAAAUACAAACGCUGAAAUAUGGGCUGAAGACUUUGUUUUGGAGGAUCAAGCGUCUAGGAUAUACACACGCACUAUAUUUUUUGACCAGCAGUUGGAGAUACAAAACGGUAUUCACAGAUGUGCUAUCGGAAAGUGGGAAGACAUUGGUGACUUUGUCAAAUUUUUUGUGAAGGACUGGGAACAACCAUGCACUACUUUCUUCGAGGUUAUGAUGCGGGAGGCCGACAUGACUGUGUAUUGUACAUGCAAAAGAUUUGAACAGUUUGGGUUGUUGUGCUCACACAUCUUUUGUGUGCUAAGGAUGCUUGACAUUAGGGAGUUUCCACAACGCUAUAUAUUACGACGUUGGACUCGGGAGGCUGUUCCAAAUAGUGCCCCUGGUGCUAUUCUAGGUAUCAAUGAGACUGAGGAUCGUUAUAAUGAAGUUAACCGUGUUGUACGUGAGAUCACAUAUUCUACAGAGUCCGUUAUUAAUAAGCUUGUCACCAACUUUGAUGCGCUAUGCUCGUUCAGGGAUCAUGUUGUUAAUUAUUUCAAAACUGCUGAUGAGUCUGUUGUCAAUGCUCCACCUAAGAGCCGUCGUGAAAAGUUUGCAGAAAUUACUGGUAACACAAAACCAUCAGAAGCAACCGUUCGUGUUCCCAUUGGAACAAGAUUCAAAGGUAUGGGUAAGCCUAAACGGAUGAAGUCCAAACGUGAAAUUGCAGUAAGUCAGUUGGGUAAAAAGAGCCGUCAAUGUCAAAACUGUUUUAGAUACGGUCAUAACAGACGUUCUUGCAAAAACCCUACCCGGACUAAAGAACAAGCUAUGGCCGAGGAUCACGGUGAAGAAGCUGAUGAAGUCGAGGAGGAGGAAGAUGAAUGGGAGGAAGUUGAAGAAGAUAUGGAUGAACAAGAUGAGGAUGCAUUAGACGAGGAGGAUGGAGAAGAGGAGUAG